AAUUUUACUAACUUUUAUGUUUUAUCUGAAAGCUGCAGCCUUUUAUGAUGCUUUAAUGAAAAAACCUUUCGAAGUCGUCAUUUGUUGUCCUUGUUUUUAUAGUCACCUCAUUUGUUGUCUUUGCCCAUGUUGUUUUUGCUUCCCUGUUUGAUUCGUUAAUGAUUGGAUCUGUCGAAAUGGUACAGCCCUGAUCUAUUAAUAUUCAUCAACGUUUUGAAUUUUGAGGUGCAAAGGCCUUUAAGAGCUAAGAAUUUGUUAACUUGAAUUGGUGUACAGUGCUAAGGGGUUAGUUUGAAAUCCAACUUCCUACUUCCAUCAUCAGAAGCUCACAGGUUCGAUCUUUAUUUUUUCCUCGGAAAAUGAUGAUGAUGUUUGAGGAGAUGGGGUUUUGUAAUGAUUUGGACACGAUGUCUACUGUCCUUGGGGACGAGGAUAUCACCGCCCGGCAAACUGAUCCAGAGGCGAUAGUUGAGGAUGAUUUCAGUGAUGAAGAAAUCGGGGUAGAUGAGCUUGAAAGGAGGAUGUGGAAGGACAAAAUGCGUCUCAAGCGAUUGAAGGAGCAGAGUAAAUCUAAGGAAGGAAUUGAUGCGGUGAAGCAAAGACAGUCUCAAGAACAGGCAAGGAGGAAAAAGAUGUCCAGGGCUCAAGAUGGAAUCUUGAAGUACAUGCUGAAGAUGAUGGAGGUUUGCAAGGCACAAGGAUUUGUUUAUGGGAUAAUCCCCGAGAAGGGGAAACCAGUGACAGGAGCAUCGGAUAAUCUUCGUGAAUGGUGGAAGGAUAAAGUCAGAUUCGAUCGAAAUGGUCCAGCUGCCAUAGUCAAAUACCAAGCUGAUCAUUCUAUACCUGGAAGGAAUGAUGGAUGCAAUUCAAUUGGUCCAACUCCACAUACCUUGCAAGAGCUGCAGGACACAACCUUGGGUUCUCUCUUGUCAGCACUCAUGCAACACUGUGAUCCUCCCCAGAGGAGGUUUCCAUUGGAGAAGGGUAUUCCUCCACCAUGGUGGCCUACAGGAAAUGAAGAGUGGUGGCCCCAGAUUGGUUUGCCUAAAGAUCACAGUCCCCCUCCUUACAAGAAGCCCCAUGACCUAAAGAAGGCAUGGAAAGUUGGCGUUUUGACGGCAGUUAUCAAGCAUAUGUCCCCAGAUAUUGCCAAAAUUCGGAAGCUUGUGAGGCAGUCCAAGUGCCUCCAAGAUAAGAUGACAGCGAAGGAAAGUGCAACCUGGCUUGCAAUCAUCAAUCAGGAGGAGGCCUUGGCAAGAGAGCUUUACCCUGACUAUGUCCCUCCAUUAGCCUCAGGUGGAGGGAGUGGAUCUUUGGUGGUCAAUGAUGGCAAUGAAUAUGAUGUUGAAGGGGGUGAGGAUGAGCCUAACUUUGAUGUGGAAGAGAGGAAACAUGAGAAUAUUCACAUGUCCAAUCUGGGGAUGGAGAGAAUGAGGGGAACUAUGGGUGUUCAGCAGCCCUCUUUUUCUAUCAAGGGAGAGGCAGUUACAAAUUUGGAUCUUCUUAGGAAGAGGAAGGUCUCUAAUGACUUUAACAUGAUGGAUUUGAAGAUUUACACAUGUGAACAGCCUCAGUGCCCUUACAGUCAAGUUCAGCUUGGUUUCCCUGAUAGAAUCUCUAGAGACAAUCAUAGGUUAAUUUGUGCAUUCAGAGGUCCUUCAGAUUUUGGGGGUCCAAACUUUCAUGUUAAUGAGGUAAAGCCAGUGAUAUACCCCCAGUCCUUUGUUCCACCCAAGUCUACUGCUCAGUCUGCUAACGUGGUCCCGCCUGUAAUUGAUCUUACUGGGCUUGAAGUUUCAGAAGAUGGUCAGAAAAUGAUCAGUGACCUUAUGGCUAACUAUGAAACAAAUGUUCAAGGCAACAAAAACAUAAGUUCAUGUAAUCGCAUGGCUGCAGAGAAUCCCUGCCUUCGACAGCAUGGAAUCACUAUGGAAGGAAACAUCUUUGAUGAGCCCAACAUGUCCAAUAAUCAUCACGUAUUUUCUAGAGAAGAAGGCCAAUAUGAGCGGUUCAAAGCUUUGAAUAAUGCUCCCUUCGAGACCAAUCACAACAACCAUAACUUCAAUUCAAUGUUUGGGUCCUUUUGUGAUUUAGCAUCAUUUGAUUUCAAGGAGGACAUGCAAGGAGUAGGGAUGGAUGAUGCUCUUCAGAAACAGCCAGACUUUUCCAUAUGGUAUCAGUGAAGAUGACAAGUGGAAUCCGGAAGCUCAUUGUCCACAUCACAAACUCUUACUUUCAUGUGAAGUUCCUUCAUCCAAAAGUCUUACCCAAUUUUCUUCACAUGUAAUUCUGUAUUUCUAGAACUAGAUAUUCUAUGCUUAUCCUCUACAGGACUAGUAUUUGUUACAAUAAAAAAAAAAACUUACAUGUUCCCACUAAGUAGCCCCAAUGUUCUGCCGUGUUCUUUUAUCAAUCUAGCCUGUGUUACUUAAAAUCACUAUUCCCUGUAAGACUGUGACAUAAAUAAGAUUUAAAGUUUCUUCCAAA